GUGAGCUGGGCACCAUGCAAUACCUCCUACUUUGUGCUGCCAUCCUCUUACCUCAGAGUCUUGCUUUUCCAGCACGACUUAAACUGGAAUCAUGGAGUAACAUCGACCUUCAGAAUGUAAAGGUAUAUCUUGAUAAAUUCUUUCCACUUUUCACAAAAACAGACGACCGAAGCUUAGAGGAGAGGAUUAAAGAAAUGCAGAGGUUUUUCCAUCUGACUGUAACCGGAAAAUUGAAUGCAGAAACACAAGAACUAAUUAAACAGCCCAGGUGUGGAGUCCCUGAUAUAGCACAAUACAGCACAUUUCCUGGAAGUCCAAGAUGGAAAAAGACACAUUUGACUUACAGGAUUCUCAAUUAUACACCUGAUCUAUCCCCAAGGAAAGUAGAAGAUGCAAUUAAAAGGGCUUUUAUGGUAUGGAGCGAUGUGACUCCACUGCGGUUCCAAAGAAUAUCCAGAGGAAAUGCAGACAUCAUGAUUGCAUUUGCACGUCAUGAGCAUGGUGAUGGAAAUCCUUUUGAUGGACGAGGUAACACACUAGCUCAUGCAUUUGCACCUGGAGAAGGACUUGGCGGAGAUGCUCAUUUUGAUGAUGAUGAAUGGUGGUCAGAAACCAAUCGAGAAGUUAAUUUGUUCCUUGUUGCUGCUCAUGAAUUUGGCCAUUCUUUGGGACUUGCUCAUUCAAACGUCCGUGGAGCUCUGAUGUACCCCGUCUACUCAUAUGUGAACCCAGCAACCUUCAGACUUUCAGAGGAUGAUAAGAGGGGAAUUCAGAAGUUAUACGGGAAAAGAUCAUCAAACUCUUAAGUUCUUCAAGAAGACCAAAGAAGUCACAUCUGGUUGGUUUUGUGUUCAAAACAAUUUUAAUCCUCUAGCAAAUUAAAGUGGUAAACUCCUGGACUGCACUUUC